CGCACGUACCGGGAGCAUUUAAAUAAUUUUUUCUGUGGAUUAAUUUAACUAAAAAGGAUUAAACAUCAUGACUGAACGCGAGAACAAUGUGUACAAGGCAAAAUUGGCUGAGCAGGCCGAGCGCUACGAUGAAAUGGUCGAGGCCAUGAAGAAGGUCGCUUCCAUGGACGUCGAGCUGACUGUCGAGGAGCGUAACUUGCUGUCCGUCGCAUACAAGAAUGUGAUCGGAGCCCGACGUGCUUCAUGGCGUAUCAUCACCUCGAUCGAGCAGAAGGAGGAGAACAAGGGGGCCGAGGAGAAGCUGGAGAUGAUCAAAACCUACCGCGGCCAGGUGGAGAAGGAGCUGCGCGACAUCUGUUCGGACAUACUGAAUGUGCUCGAGAAACAUCUCAUUCCAUGCGCCACAUCCGGCGAAAGCAAAGUAUUCUACUAUAAGAUGAAGGGUGACUACCAUCGCUAUUUGGCCGAGUUCGCCACCGGCUCGGACCGCAAGGAUGCGGCAGAGAACUCGCUGAUUGCCUACAAGGCAGCUAGCGACAUUGCCAUGAACGAUCUGCCCCCAACACACCCCAUUCGCUUGGGCUUGGCAUUGAACUUCUCGGUGUUCUACUACGAAAUUCUCAACUCGCCGGAUCGUGCAUGCCGCUUGGCGAAAGCCGCUUUCGACGAUGCCAUUGCCGAGUUGGAUACACUGAGCGAAGAGAGCUACAAAGACUCGACACUCAUCAUGCAGCUUCUGCGCGACAACCUCACAUUAUGGACGUCCGAUAUGCAGGCAGAAGAAGUAGACCCCAACGCAGGUGAUGGCGAGCCGAAGGAGCAAAUUCAGGAUGUUGAGGAUCAGGAUGUGUCGUAAUUUAAGUAAACCCCCGCCCUUCCAUUUAAAACACAUAAUAUACCUUCUAAAGUAAAUAUAAUACCAUAUAAUAUAUAUGCAUACAUCAAA